AUGGAUAUAGAUGAUUAUUCAAGAGAUCGUUCUCGUUCUCCUGUGAGAGAUAGAUCUCCAGUCAGGGAUAGAACUAAUAAUGAUGGAGGAUAUGGUGGAUCAAGUAGAGAAUAUGGAAGAAGAGAUUAUGGAAGACCAACAUAUGAUAAUAGAAGUCGAGAUUCACAUGGUUCUUCGAGAGGACGUGGAGGAUAUAGUCGCGGUGGUGGAAGAGAUUAUUCUUCUAGAAAUUAUGGGAAUACUUCAUCUUCAACGACUGGUGAUGAUUCAUAUAGAUCAAAAACUGAAAGGAAUUAUGAUAAUUCCAUUUUUGUUGGUAAUAUUCCUUUCGAUGCUACUUCUAAAGAUAUUGAAAGAAUUUUCAAUAAUGAUUUAGAAGUUGUUAGAGCUGAUAUUGUAACUAAUAAAGGUCAAAGUAGAGGUAUGGCAACUGUUGAAUUUAAAUCUAAAGACGAUGUUAAAUCAGCUAUAAGUCAAUUUGAUAGAUAUGAAUAUGAAGGUAGAGCUAUAUUUGUUAGACAAGAUUAUCCACCACCAGAAAAGAAAGAUUAUGGUAGAGGUUAUGGUUCUGGUGAUAGAGGCGGUUAUGAUAAUAGAUCUGGUGGUAGAUAUGGUGGUAAUGAUUAUUAUGGUGGAAGAGGUGGUUAUGGGUCAUCAAGAGGUGGAUAUGGAAGUUCAAGAGGUGGAUAUAGAGAUAGUUAUGGUUCAAGUGGUAGAUCAUCCUUACCACCACCAGCUCCAGGUACUGAAGUAUUUGUUGGUAAUUUACCAUUCUCAGUAAAUUGGCAAGCAUUAAAGGAUAUAAUGAGAGGUGCCGGUAAUGUUGUUAGAGCAGAUGUUAGGAUGGAUGAAAGAGGUUACUCUAAGGGAUUUGGUACUGUUGUUUUUGAAACUCCUGAAGAAGCCACCAAGGCUAUUGAACAAUUUGAAGGGUAUGAAAUUGAAGGUAGAACAUUAAAUACUAGACCAGGUAAAGGUUCAGAGUCAUCAUCAACUGAUCAUUCACAUAGUGGAGGUUAUGCUACUGGUCCAUCAACAAGAUUCACCAAAAAGGAAAACUCAGAAUUCACAGAUGGAGUAACUGGUGACGGGGAUUCAGAAGAUACAAUCUAUAUUUCAAAUUUACCAUUUAGUACUCAAAAUGAUGACUUGUAUGAUUUAUUUGAAACUAUUGCAAAAGUUUCCAAGGCAGAAAUUCAAUAUCAGGAAGAUGGUAGAGCAAGUGGUAAUGCAGUAGUUAAAUUUGAAGAAUUAGAUUCUGCAGAUAAAGCUAUAGCUGAAUUAAAUAAUUAUGAAUAUGGUGGUAGAAAUAUUAGAAUUACUCAUGCUAAAUUACCAUAA